UCUACCGUAUAUACCGAAUUACAGCUUGGAAAUGAGAAUGGACGAAAGUGAACGGGAAAGUGAAGAUGAAGGUACCGGAAUUAGUAUUACAACACAAGGGACGACGCAAGGGACAACUGUUACAGGAACAAGACAGCCCAUAACUAUAACUACAGUAUCAACUACAGUGACUACAGGGAGAAGUGGAAUAAUUGGCAACAACACCACGUCAUUGCAACACAGUGGAGGACAGAAUGACACUGUAAUUUUACAGGCUGUGCUUAUCCCAACAUUUCUGGGCUUAGUCAUCAUAGUAGCAUUGCUCCUUUGUUAUGUUUACAAGGCUCAAGUCAAAGAAAUUUUAAAGCAAGCCGUAGAACCGAUUCAGAAAAAAAGGAAGAAGGAAGCGGAAAUUAAUUUUAAAACGCUAAAGGAAAUGGAAGACAGUAAUCAGACAUACACAGAUCCUUCCACAUACACUACAGUUGAAAAUAAAGUGUGUGUUUCGUCACUUCCGGUUCAAUCGGAGACUCAACAGGAAGCAGUUCCACAGGAAGAAAACUAUAGUGCAUUAGACAGACAAAACGACGGAAGGAAAAUCGCACCAAUUUACGACACCAAUUAUGACUCACUGAAUCAUUCGAACCGAACGACAAUUUCUAGUAUCAGUGAUGGAAAUAACUACAGUAGUCUCAAUUCAGCAUUUAACAGCACGGAAAACAUUACUUCUAACCCUUAUGGUAUUUAUAAUUGAUUUGAAAGUUGUCCCGAAUUCCUCCUGAUAUUGUUGUUGUUUU